AUGGAUUCCGCAGAAACUACCACUUACAAGUCGGGCCCACCAUUUCCCGAUGAUGUUCCAACAGCUCCUCUACUUCGGCUUUCACUUGCCAAAUUGCAAGCCAAGGAUCCAGAAGAAAUAAAACGAUUUACAAGUGCCUGUGAAGACCUAGGUUUCUUUUACCUGGAUCUUCGUGGGCCUGGUGAUAAGAUCCUCCAACAGUCAAGCGAUCUCUUUGAUGUGGGCAAAGAACUGUUUGACUUGCCCCUUGAAGAGAAAAAGAAGUACAACUUCGAGCACUUGAAAAGCUAUCUGGGAUACAAACACAUGGGUGCAUCAGUCGCAGAUAAGCAUGGCAACUUGGAUAGAAAUGAGUUUUACAAUGUAGGCAAAGAUGACAUGUUUGAGAUUGGGGAAAAGUGGCCAGCGCCUGGCGUUCUUGAAUCACGACGUGAUCUCAUCAAGUCCUUCAUGGCUUCCGCAUAUUCUAUUGUCUCAUUGGUUCUGGAGUUACUAAACGACCAUCUUGCACUUCCUCCUGGUACACUGCAGUCGAUGCAUCGUCUGGAAGGCCACGGAGGGGACCAAGUCCGAUUCAUCAAGGCUCCUCCUCAACCACAAGAUGACCGUACCAUUGCCCUUGGUGAGCACACUGACUUUGGCAGUGUGACUGUCUUGUUCAAUCGUCUAGGGGGACUACAAGUGCUACCCCCUGGUGCAGAUGCUGAAUGGUGUUACGUGAAGCCUCUCCCAGGUCAUGCCAUCAUCAACCUCGGCGACGCAAUGGUUAAAUUCACCAAUGGGCUGCUGCGAUCAAACAUCCAUCGCGUCGUGUCUCCUCCCGGCGAGCAGGCCGAUUCGACGAGAUACUCGCUGGUUUACUUUAACAGGCCAGAGGACGAUGUGAUAUUGCGACGUCUACAAAAUAGCGACCGCAUUCCGCCAUUGACUACCGGCUUAGUCGAGGAUGAAGUCACCAGCAAAGAUUGGAUCAUCAGAAGAGCAUUAGGGUCUCGGCCGGCAUUGCACGGAAAGGACGCCUUUGACUUGAGUAAGAGCCGAGGCACAGAAGCCAUUUCGCAGCGAGUAAAUUAG